UUCAAACAAGAUGGUUUGCAAAUGUUUGCUGAUUUGAGAGAAUAUAUGAAACAGUGAAAGACAUGCUUGGAACGUGGAAAGUUUCCUAGAUUUACCAUACAACAAACUAGCCCUGGUUCCAGACAGGCCCUUAAGUUGCAUAGAGCAAACUGUUCACUAGGGGUGGGCAUAAAAACCGACGAACCGAAGCCGAAAAAACCGAAUUUUCGGUUUUUGUUGGUGCUACAGUAAAAUUCGGUUUCCAGUUAUACUAACCAAAUUUAAUUCGUACAGUUCGGUUUUAUACCGUAACCGAAACAGAAACCGAAGUAAUGUGAUCGUACACGCAAACCGAAUUCAUAAAAAAACCAAACAGUAGAAACUGACCGAAUGCCCAGGCCUACUGUUCACUGCUGCAGUUCCACCAAACAUGUAGAUAUACUGUACAAAUGCGUUGGUCGGUGGGUUGUGCUUGUUUGGCAUCCAGAUUUUUUCGAGAAAACGCAAAAGAGUUUGCGUUUCAUUUCAUUGAACAGGAAGAGAACAGCAGUACAGGUACAACCUCCCAAGAGGAGGGACACACGCACACACAUCAUCGUCCUCACCAAACGAGCAGGCGAGGAGGUGCUACCAACUACAGACUGCAACUACGAAAGGUCUAGCCUUGUCCAGCCUCCAACCAUGAACGGCGAGGUAACUAGACUCAGAGCCUCAAGGCCGCGUCACAGCCAUUGCCAGGCGCCUCCAAAGAAGACCGCAUCUCCAGGGCUGUCCAGGCCAACGUACCUUCCACCCAUAAGGGCCUAAGAGACGGCAGGUGGAUGGCAGGACCCAUCCAGGACUAGUGAAGUCAUCGUCUUGGACAUGCCGGCGCUGGCGUACAUAGCGCCCCGGACGCCCACGCUCUAUGCUGAAGCCCUCAUCACAGCAUCGCAUUACCAGCAAGCCUCGCCGGAAGACCGAGGAGGCCACCAUCUCCAGCUGCCGCAUCGGGGACUCCAAGUGCGACCCAAACAACGCCUUCAAGAAGGGAAUGGCGCUGAGACGCCACCGCUGCCUUGUCCAAUGAACUGGACCAAGUGUUUCCCCCGGUGCUCGAGGAGAGGGUCAAUCUGGGCCAUGACAGAGCCUCCAUGGAGGUUACGGCACCCUCAGGUGUCGCCGUUGUCAGCGCAGGCCAUCGUUCGCCCCGGCCCAAGACCAGAACCCCAAAUACCGUCGAAGCAGAGCAGACAGGAGAUGGGGAAGCAGACUGCCGGAGAGGACCAUCAGCACCAAGAGGGAAACCACGUUUCGUCACCGUCGAUGUAGGGAAGUACCGGCCAGCGCAGAGCAGCAGCCGCCAGAUGGCUGCCAAACAAGGCCAUCCACCGCAGGGGGUCGCGUCGAGCAGGGGUAGUGGCGCCGUCGCGGGGACCUGCCACCUGCACCUUGCUGCCGCCGACCAUGGCCGCUGCCGCGGUGACCCGCAGCCUCCGCCACCUGGAUCCACCAGGGCACAGCCAAGCAGCCGCAGCCGCACCCCCAAAGGGUCGUGCCGCGCUGCCCGCGUGCUCGCCACGCCAGGUCCAGAGGCCCGACCCUCUGGAUCUGGGGCCGCCGUCGCGAAACCCUAGGUCCGGAGCAGCACGGCUCCGUCAGCCUCGUCGAGCCCCACGCUUGAGGGAGGAGGCAGCCUGGGAGCGAAGUCCCGCCACCGCCGGAUCCGCCAGGGCUUUGCCCGGCGGGGAGCACCGGCGGCGGCAGGGGGAGGGGGGAGGAGGAGGGAAGGGAGAGCUCGAGGCUGCGUCGCCUCCCGUGUCGCCCGUGGGGAGGGCGACGCGGGGGAGGGGGGGGGGCAAAUCUGCAGUGAGUUGGCAUCCAGAUCCUAGAUAUCGUUUGGAGCAUGGGAAUUUUCUUGGAUUCCUGUGAGGUUUGAACUAUUUCCAUGUGAAACUCGUGCAGAAUCCGUGAAUCCUAAAUAACAACAACACUUUUAUUGCUAUUGUAAGCUAAGUGUUAAAUUUAUAAAAACCAGUAUGGCACUAAAUAUAAACUAGACUAACGCCGAUACUCUUAAAAGCCAAAUCGUCCAGUUUUUUAUUGCCGCACCUUUGUACUGAGUUUUUCUGAAGAACAUUUGUGAUGCCGUGUAUCUGUAAAUUUUCUUCAAAUUA